UUUCGGCAGGUGUCAUGGCGUCGGUCGACCGGUCGGAAGACUGACUAUAUAAACUGAGAUGAGUUCCUCUGCAGGCAACAGUUCCAAAAAGUCUUCUUCUCAGGACGGAUCCAAACUCAACUUCAUCGACAUGAAAUUGCUCGUCGCUUUCGCCGCCCUAAUGGCCGUUGUCAUCGCAGCACCUCUCGACUCGGAGAUCACGGUCGUCAACGAGACACCCUCCGACAACAUAGGGGUAGCCGAUUACAAGUUUGGUUACCAACUUUCGAACGGUGCGACCAGAGAGGAGACCGCUCAGCUCACGGACGCGGGUACGGAGGAUCAGUAUUACAGAAUUGUCGGAAGCUACUCAUGGAUCAACCCCGUGGACAACGUUCAGUACAUCACAAAAUACACCGCCGACAAGGACGGAUUCCGUGCCGAGGGCGAUCAUAUCCCCGUCUGAAUACCAUCCCUCGCUUCACUUCGACUGCUCUACGAUGUAUAUGAUAUUGAAUAAAACAAACAUUUUUUUAUAAAAAAA